AUGACAGUCACACCUGAGAACGUCCACGAUGACAAGGGCCCAAAGAUUCUCGCCGUGUUAUGGACCUUGACGGGCCUGACGGCCGUCAUGGUUGGCGCUAGAAUGUUCAUCCGCUUGCGAAUGCUCAAGAGCUUUGGUAUUGACGACUAUCUCAUCGCGAUCUCGACGGUGUUGAGUCUCGCCUACUGUGGCGUGACAACAGCCGGCGUCAGCGUGGGAUAUGGAAAACAUGCCAAAGACUUGACGCAGGAGAACUUGGAGAUGGCCAUCCUUCUCAAUACCAUCAGCUUCCUGUUUGGCAUUCUAUCGUUCACGAUCCCCAAACUGGCUGUGACCGCUAUGAUAACUCGGAUUUUAUGCCCGGGUUUGAAACAGAAGAUCUGGCUGUGGCUUUUGGUUGGGACUGCGGCUGCCGUCUCUUGUAUCUGUAUCAUCAUUCUCUUCACCAUGUGUGAUCCACCGGAGGCUUUGUGGAAUGUUCACCUGGCGAUGACGGGAGGAGCAACCUGCAGAAAUGUGUGGAUACUCAUUGACUAUGCUAUCUUCACUGGAGCUUUAUCUGCCUUCGUCGAUCUUUACCUCGCAUUCUACCCCGUGACAGUCUUGAUGAAACUACAAAUGUCUCUACGAAAGAGAAUUGCUCUCUGUGCCGCCAUGGGACUGGGAUCAAUUGCAUGCGCAAUGGCAAUCAUCAAGAGUACCCAAUUGAAUGGCCUUGCAGACAAGUCCGACUACACCUACGGAACGGCAGAUCUCGUCAUGUGGACAAACAUCGAAGCCGACGUCGUCGUGAUAGCCUCCUGCAUUCCAACCCUCCAGCCCCUCCUCGAGCUUAUCAUGGGCAAACGCACCUUGGGUUCAUACGGUGGCAGCGGCAAAUACAAGCAGAGCAGCAGCAACUACAAUACCGCCACGUUCGACCGCAGCAAGCGAUCCGCAGUGAAAGACGACCUCGCCAUCACGAACGUGGAGGGUAAGGAGAGUCAGGAGAGUAUUCUGCGCGAUGACCAGCUCCAGCAGGAUAAGGACUUCCCCAUGGACGCGAUUCGGCGCACGGAUAAUGUCACUGUGGAGUAUGAGUCGCGGUCUGCUCAUGAGCAUCCCCCGGAGGGUUCUUGGUAG